CACUGAGGCAACAGUCGAAGCGAUUGAAAUUUAUUAACCAAGACGAGACGCACACAUGUCAUCAUUGGUUCAUCGGUAAACCAACCGACUGAUAUAUAUGCGAUUGUUAGCAUUUUUGCGUUUAUCAUUCAGUGUUAAGAAGUCGUUCGAAGUGUUUGGCACCGAAGAAGAAGCACGCGUGAUGCUGCAUUAAAGAAGGAAAAUCCACAUUCUCGACUACUGUCUUCAUUUGACGGACUCUCGCGCUCUCCAUUACUGAGUCGUUUACGAAACCGAUUUUCGCAAUUCUCGUAAUAGACACACAGACACACACAAACCGAUUUACUUAAGUGGUGGCUUUGAACGUAAAACCGUUUUGUUUCCAAACAACAAUCGUCGAUGGUGGUGGUGGUUUCAAACGAAAGUGUCAAGUGCCAUUUCCAUUGAGUGUGUGACUUUUAGCUGCGGGAAAAUUUUUCCAUUCAACAAUUUUCUUCCUUUGAGUUGAUUUCAUUUCAGUUUUAUUUCUGAUGUGUUAAACUCAAUUCGAUUCUCUUUUGUUGUUCGGUUUUUUUUUGUUUCGGUUUUUGUUUCUUCUUUUUUCCAAAUGCAAGUGAUCCGAAUUGCCUCAAUCAAGUUAUUAUAUAAAAAUAAUCGGAAAAUUCGAUUCGAUUUUCUCGUUUGUCGCAAAUUCUCGUGGAAAAUGAUUUUCCACAUCAAAUGAACGAAUGAAUGAAAGUAGAAAAAAGUAGCACUCGUUGAAUUUCGACGAAUUGGAUACUCGUAGUGCACACGCUGUGUGUGUGUGUAUUGUGUGCAGAGAAAGAAAAAUCGAUUUAUCUACACAUGAGAAAUAGACAAACGUAUAUGAAAAAUGAUUGAAGCGCGUACAAUGCAAUCGAUGCGGGUUUCAUUCAUUGAUUCAUAAAAUAGGUUAUUUUGAUUGUGAGUACCAUUUCACGUGUGUACACCACGAGAGAGAGAGAUAGAAAUAUAGCGGGAGCGUGAAUUAUACAAGCCUCCAACGACCAAAAACAAGAGGGAAAACUUGAUUUUCUUUUGGGGAAAAUGUUGUCAGUUGAGCAAAAUCAUAUCGAUAGUGAAUUUAACGGUGGCUUCAGCACAAUUGGUGAUUCGGAAUUGAUAAACCUUCGGCCGAGCAGUGGUCAAACACUUUUGAAUGCACACCAAUUACAGCAGCAACAAACGAAAUCGCCAUCGGCAACAGUGACAGCCAAAACACAAAACUCCACGCUGGUGCAAUCGAAUUCGAAUAGCAAGAAAUCGGUUAUGUUGAACUUUAAAUCGGGCGCGAUAAAUAGCACGGUUGAGGAGUUCGGCAAUUUCUCGACACGAUUUAGUGACACAUUUACACAAAACGGACGUCGUUACCGAUCCUGGUUACUAGCCGUUGGCAUUGCAAUCAGUUGUUUAUGUUGUUUCGUGUUUGGCCUAAGUUUCAAUUAUUUAUUCGACACGCAACCAUGUGGCGCGCAAAGGCAUCUUCGAAAAUUGUGUAUAACGGAAAAUUGCGUGAAAACAGCCUCGUCGCUACUCUCGGCUAUGAACCGAAGCGUCGACCCAUGUGAUAAUUUUUUUCAAUAUGCUUGCGGAGCAUGGAAUAAGAAAAACAUUAUACCAGAAGAUAAAAGUUCCUUUACCACAUUCGAAGUGCUAGCCGAUCAACAGCAAGUGAUACUGCGUCAACUUCUCGAAGAGCCUUUAAAUAAUGACGAUAACAAAGCCACGAUCAAAGCAAAACACUUUUAUAAGAGUUGUGUGAAUAUAACCCAAAUUCGAGAUAUUGGCGAUGCGCCAUUAAAAUUGCUACUGAAGUACUACGGUGGUUGGCCGGUGUUAGAAAAAAAUUGGAAGAAACCCAACCAAAGCUUCUCUUUGGAACUGAUGUUGGGCACAAUGCACGGCGAAUUGAAUGAACAAUUUUUGGUUUCCGUUCUAGUUGGACCAGAUGAUAAGAAUUCAACGGUUAAUAUUUUAGUGGUUGAUCAACUGAUAUUGGCACUUCCAUCCAGAGAAUAUUAUCUGAAAGGCAGUAGCAAAACUGAUUUGGUGGCAUAUCACAAUUACAUGACAAAAAUUGCGAUGAUUUUGGGCGCUGAUCCAGCUACGGUUGCUGAGGACAUGCAAGAAGUGUUGGAUUUCGAGAUUCAAUUGGCAAAUGCAUCGUUAUCGGAAAUUGAGCGUCAUGAUACAAGUUCAGUGUAUCAUAAACUAACGUUGGCUUCGUUGAAGCAGCUAGUGCCGCAAAUAAAAUGGGAUGUGUAUUUACAGACUUCCUUUGCGCCGGAAACCGAUAUCACGGACACAGAACCGAUUGUAGUGUAUGCCAUUCCGUAUCUUGUCGAAUUGGGUCGACUCAUAUCAGAGACAGAUGAGCGAAUCAUUCGAAAUUAUAUAUUAUGGCGAAUGGUUUUGUCGCUGGUCUCGCAUUUCAUCGAUGACUAUCAAUCGGAGCGAAUCGAAUUCCAGCGAAUUUUGCUGGGAAUCAAAUCGGAACGGCAUCGUUGGUCACAAUGCGUUGACUGGACGAAUAAAAAACUGGGCUUAGCGGUUGGUGCACUGUUCAUCCGUGACAAUUUCAAUUUGGAAAGUAAAGAAACGGCGCUGGAAAUGAUCCACACGAUACGAGAGGCAUUCAAUGAACUGCUAGAUGAAAACGAUUGGAUGGACGAUGAAACUCGGGCGGUGGCAAAAGAAAAGGCGAAUUCGAUGAAUGAACGCAUCGGUUACCCGGAUAUUUUGACAAAUGUGACUGAACUGGAGAAAGAGUAUUCGAACCUGACGAUUUCCGAAGACACAUUUUUCGACAACAUUUUGAACAUCUUGAAAUGGGACGCACAACGACAGUGCCAAAUGUUACGAAAACCAGUGGAAAAGCAGAAAUGGGCCACCGAACCAGCCGUUGUCAACGCUUUUUAUAACCCAAAUCGCAACGACAUUGUGUUUCCCGCGGGUAUACUUCAACCACUGUUCUACAGCAAAAACUUUCCCAAAUCACUGAACUAUGGAGGAAUUGGUGUUGUGAUCGGCCAUGAAAUCACUCACGGAUUCGAUGACAAAGGUCGCCAGUUCGAUAAAGAAGGCAACAUGAAACAAUGGUGGAAUAAUGCAACCAUUACGGCGUUCCGCCAACGCGCACAAUGCAUCAUCGACCAGUAUUCACGAUACAAAGUAAAUGAAUUGGGCCUUUAUAUGAACGGAAAAUUGACACAAAGUGAAAACAUCGCCGACAAUGGAGGGCUAAAGCAGGCAUUCAGGGCGUACAAAAAAUGGACAGCCGAGCAUGGGUUAGAUGAUGAUUUGCCGGGGCUGGAUUUGAAUCAUGAUCAAUUGUUUUUCUUGAAUUAUGCGCAAAUUUGGUGUGGAUCGAUGCGACCGGAAGACGCGCUAAGCAAAUUGCGUUCUUCUGUGCAUUCGCCGGGUGUGAUUCGUGUACUGGGUCCAUUGUCAAACUCAAAAGAAUUCUCGGAUGCGUACAAAUGUCCAUCCGGUUCACCGAUGAAUCCAACACACAAAUGCAGUGUGUGGUAAACUCACCACCACCACGCUAGCCAUUUGCAACCACAUAUUUUUUUUAACGCAUUAUCAAACUUAAUGAAUGAAAUCAAUGCUCAGCAGCAACAACCUUGUGAUCGUUAAUCGGUUUAUAAAUAUUUAAAGAAAAAACAACAACAACAACCAAAAAUGAAGAUUUUCCUCCAAUUUUCAAAGCUUUUAUCCAACAUAUUCCAUAACACAUUUCAAAAAUCGAUGUAUUUAACGGAUUUAUUCAGGCAGCACGUGCACAUUUAUCUAUAUACAUAUUUUAAAACAAAAUCAAACAACAAGUAAAUACCAACUCUUUAUCUCUCUCUGUACAUCAAAUCGUUUGUAUUUAAACUGAACUCCUUUUUUUCUAAAUGUUAAGCUUCUAAUCGUAAAACCAAAGAACAUCUAAAAUAAAAUCAUUCAAUUUAUUUAAGAAAUAUAAAUUCUUGUUGAUAGCAAAAAAUGAGGUGACUCGCAAAUUGCGAGCUGCUCAUUGUGUCGAUGUAAGCAAAUUGAUUGACAUAUUUAUUGGAUCAUUCAUUUGUACAUAUAAUAAAUAUCUGUGCGAUGCAUAUUCAAGCACCCAAGGGAUCAAGUGAUUGUUUUUUACAAUUGAUGGAUGUAUGAGCGCAUACGAAAGUAUAUUUUAAUGUCCAAAAAAGAAAGAAAAUACCCUAAAUCUUGCGAGAUUUAAGAGAGAGUCGUCCUUUGCCCGGUCGAUCCAUUUGCAUUUUACCCAUUUUCAAUUGAGAUGAAAAAUUAUGUACUGAAAAUUGUUUGAGCUAUUCCUAUUUGACAUUUUAUGAUUUCUGUUUCGACAAUAUUCCACAAAUUUUACCUAGAAUUUCUUUUUCUUUUCCUUUCCUUUUUUGUUCUUUUUCCUUGUAUCUUUUUGUUAUUGCUAAUGAAACCCCGAAUUUUGAACGAAAAAGAUUCCGUUGCAUUAAAAUUCUUUAGUGCUAUGACUAACAAUAUCCUUUAUGACCGCACAUAAAAUUUAAGACAACAAUUCUUCGCCCAAAUAAAAACUAUUUUUCUUCUCUUCUCCAUUUUCGAAUGACUCAUUUUAUAGCCCAGCGUAUCCUUUGUGGCUGUAAAAUCGUUGAAAUUCUUCAUUUCAAUCAGCAACUAUCUCGAAAUGGUUUGCAGCAAUUUGUUUUAAUGGCAUUUUAAUGGUUCCUUAAAUAUUUUCCCCCAAUAAAGCCGGCGAUGCAACAAAGCACAAAAUAGCAUCGAUAUAAAUGUAUGCAGCAGAGUGUGUACAGGUUUAGCUGAGAUUUCAAUUUGCGUGGGAUUUUAUGGAUUCGAAAAUAGACAACAGCAGCAGCAACAACAACACCAACAUAGAGAGUCAAUCCGUGCCAUGUGCUCCGGCAACAACUAACUGUUGUCGUUUCGAUUCGAUGACGCAGCGAGAGAAUGCAAGAGAGAAAAACGCGCGCGCGACAGCGGUCACCAAACAGAAGUGAUUCGAAUUGCGUUACGUGAAGAAGUAUAUUUCGGUCAUACAAACACAAUCAGUUGAAAAUUGAAUAAAACAUUGGAUUGCCUUAAAUUACGGCAUAGUGCGGCACAAUCAAAGUGAAAGUACAAACGAAAAAAAAACCGAAGGGAAAAAAAUGUCGACCGAAAUAUACAAUAUGAUUGUGAAUUGGCCGGCGAUUGCAUCGGAAAUGCAGCAGCAAGUAUCAAAUUUGGAUGCACUGCUGGAUUUUGUCGUCGAACAUGUGGGUGAAGCUGACGUUAUAUAUCGCUUCAAAGAUGUGGCCAGCAUUUUGAGUUGGCUCUGUCCCGAAGAACCGUUAUGGAAUCACAUCGUUGCCAGCGAACAAUAUCACGUCGAUGCCAGCGAUCAGUGUUACAUCGAUUCCAGCCAAUAUCAACCAUGCAACGAUACAACAAUUGCACAUGUGCUCAAACCCGGCACCAAAAUCACCAUUCCCAAACCAAGUGCCAGUGACAUCAAAUUCCAGGACAUGGAAAGUGUGCAAGCGUACCUCAGUCAAGGUCCCGCCUAUCAGUCAACUGAUGAUUCGGAAGAGGUGGACGUGACAACAUUUGAUUAUACACCGAUAUGGAAUUCAAUUGGGAAUCAAUAUCAAAUCAUUGAAGCACCACCGCCAACGCCACCAUCGAAAAGUCGAAAGAAUACCAAAAUUCUCACCGAAAAGCAAUCGAACACGGUCAAUAUCAACGCUACUGCGCUGAAGAAAGUAGCAAUGAAAGCCGAUGGUCUCGUUGAAUCAACGUACAAAUGCACCGAAUGCGACAAAAAGUACAAACAAAAAAGCAGCUUGCUACGACACAGCAAAUCACAUUUACCCAAAGAGCCCGGCGCCGAGCUCGACAAUAAACCAACAAACAAACGCACCAAUAAAAAGACCAUGAAUGGAACAACAACGCAUGCAAUCCUCCCGCUAAACACUGCCGAACCCAUUUCCACGUAAAACAACCACCAUUCGAACAAACACAUCGAUUACCGGGGAAUUAAGAGAGAAAGUGAAACACUCAAAAGGCUGAUACGCAAAAUAACAAUUGCCAAAACAAAAAAAAGUAUUAUUAAAAUGUAGUAUAAAAUAAGAACAAAAAAAAGUAUGAAUUAGAACAGAAUUUAAGGAAAAAACAGAAAUCAAAAUAGUCAUAGUGAAUAUACGGUUUAUCGAUGGCCACAUGUAAAUAGCACAACAAAAAAUGAAUAAUCGUUAAAUGUGAUUUUUUUUUGUACAUAAACAACGAGAAUAAGAUAUUGAAUAAAUACAAACAAAAAAUUGUGAAGUUGAACGAAAUAAA